UCAAAACAGAAAAUAUUUUAUAAUUUGUAUUUUGUUCAUUAUAUUCUAUAAACCUUUUUAUUUGCUAUAAUGGAAAAAAUUCCAGACCAACUCGGUUAUCUGAUACUUACUGAGGACGGCGCUGUUCUCGAGUCAGGUGGCGAAUUGGAGAACGACGAACGUGUUGCGACUAUUAUUACUGAUCUUAUUAGCUUGUCCAACAGUGUCGAUCCAGUGGCAUUUGAACCAGAGGAGCAGUUUAAGAAAAUAACCAUCACUUAUGAUGACCAUUGGUUCGCAAUUUGUAUUUCGAAUAAAAAGAUUUACGUAGUGAAACGGAAAAUAGAAGCAUCUGCAUCAGAAGGAAUAAGUGUUAAUGUGUAA